AUGUUUGAAGCCAAUCACGUAACCAAAGCAUACAACAACAAAUCCAACGCCGAUACUGGCUUCGGCGAGAAAGCUUCUCAAUCCUCUGACAACAAGAUUGUCAAGGACGCCUGGGGUGGCGAUCGCAACUUCAUGGCGUCCCACGGUCUCAAGUUCGACCCGGACAGAUUCGAGGAGCGCAAGGCCAUAAUACAAGGCUACCACAAGGUGGACGCCGUCUCUGGCUCAGAUGCUGGCAAGAAAGGCAAGCCUGUCGAUAAGAGGAAAUGA